AUGGCACCCUCCGAAUCAGAGAGCAACACCUCGACACCUCGGUCCUUCACGGGCCAGAGUGUGUCCGCCGAGGACAUGCUCAAGUCACAAACAGUCGGCCUCGUCCACCUCUCCGACUUUCGAAAGCGGCGCGCCGAAGUGUUAGAGCAGAAGGAGCGCGAGGCGCAUGACAAGUCGCUAGGCCGACUGGGAUCUGGUAACUCCCGAAGCGCAACUCCAUCCGCCGGCGAGGUGACAGACUCAUCGACGACACCGCGGAGUGAUGGGCCUCCUAAGAAAAAGAAAAAGAAGCCGUUGGCGAAAAGCAAACUCUCGUUUGGCGAUGAUGAAACCGGGGAAGAAGAGUCCGGGGCGGGCACUCCACGUGAGCCGAGUGUCUCGCGGUCUGCGUCCAAGACCCCCGUCGACGAUGGGUCUGCGCCGCGGCGCAUGAAAGCCAACCCGAAUGCGCCGCCGCCACCCAAAGCCCUGACCAAGGCGUCUAUCGAGGCCGAGGCACUGGCGCGCGAGUCCCUGCGCAAGGAGUUUUUGGCGAUGCAGGAGGCUGUGAAGAAUACGGAGAUAUUGAUCCCGUUUGUCUUUCACGAUGGCACGAAUGUCCCCGCAGGAACGGUCAAGGUGAAGAAGGGGGACCAUGUCUGGCUGUUUUUAGACCGGUGUCGCAAAGUUGGCGCUGAACUGGGCGUUCGGGGUGCCAAUAACGCAUCCAAGGCGCGACAAGAUACCCGCCGGGAAUGGGCCCGAGUCAGUGUGGAUGAUUUAAUGUUGGUGAAGGGGGAUGUCAUUAUACCUCAUGUCAGUUCAGUGUUCUUCUCUGCCUUCUGGAAUAUCUAUGUACUAACCCACCCCCAGCACUACGAGUUCUACUACUUCAUCGCCAAUCGGAUCCCCAACUACUCUCGCACCGGCGGCUUGCUGUUUGACUAUUCGGACAAGCCUCCCCCAGCCAGUGCCAGUGAUAACGACCCCUUAUCCCGACCCAGUGACGACCAACUAGAAGGUGCAGAUAAAGAUGCCACGCAGACCAAAGUGGUGGACCGGCGGUGGUAUGAGAAGAACAAGCAUAUAUACCCAGCGAGUCUGUGGCAUGAGUACGAGCCUGGCAAAGAGUUCGAGGAAAAGAUGACCUCGACGAGGCGAGACGCGCUGGGGAACACGUUCUUCUUUGAUUGA